UCUGCCUAGCUCAGGGAACCGAAGAGAAGCAGAAAGCAGUCCACCGGGCUCUUCUUUCUCCCCAAAGCUGCAUCUCUCUAGGUCCUUUUGUAUUACUGUAGUCCUUGUGUUGCAUUGUGCUGUUGAUGGGCCAGGGAAUUGGCUGCCCAGAAAAAAGCAGAAAGUCAGAGCCCACACUAAAUCAGAGCAUGAGGAAGGCGGAAGAUGGAGAAGAGGGCAGAAAGGAAGCUGUGGAGAGAAGUGACAAGCAGCUAAGAGCUCUCCGUGGUGUGGCAGACUUAAACAAUGGAGCCAUUGGGCUGUACAAUAUGGGACUGAGCUGCUGCCUGAAUUCUCUGCUUCAGGUGUUCUUCAUGAACACACACUUCACCGUGAUACUACGAAGGAUCAGAGUGCCGAUGGUACAUAUAGAACAAAAGAAGAGUGUCCCAUACCAAAUGCUCUUGCUGUUGGAACAGAUGCAGCGUAGCAAACGGAGAGCCGUGUAUCCCCAGGAACUUGUCAGCUGUCUCACUUUGCACAAUUUGAAAUUGUUUGUCCAGUAUGACGCUGCUCAACUCUUCCUGAGCCUCUGGAACCUAAUUAAGAGUCAGAUCACAGACGGGCAGCUGGCUGACAGGUUGACCACGCUGUACACUAUCCGGGUGCAGGAGUAUCUGGUUUGUCAGAAGUGCUCCUUUGAAACAAGGAGGGACAGCAAUAUGUUAAGCCUCCCACUCCCAAUGUUUAAUUCCUGUUCUCAGCGACUGAAGACACUGGAGGAUUCCCUGCUUUGCUUUUUCCAGCCUGAACAGCUGACUGACAACAACAUGUGUCUCUGUGAACAGUGUGAAAGGAAAACACCAUGUCUGCAAGGCAUGAGGCUAACAUGUCUGCCACACACCCUUACCCUUCACCUAAAGCGCUUCUACUACAAGAAAUCUUCCUGGACUCAGAAGAUCAGCUACUCUCUGCCUUUUCCACAAAGCCUUGAUUUCAACCAGAUCCUGACACAAGAGCAAUGUCACCCAGAUGCCAAAGAGAAGGCAGAUUGGCAGUACGAGCUCUUUGGUGUUGUUGCUCAUUCGGGAUUAGCCAGCUUUGGUCACUAUUGUGCCUACAUUCGGAGUCUCACAGAAGGCAAAUGGUACUGCUUCAAUGAUUCCAGUGUCUGUCAGGUAUCAUGGGAUGAUGUCAAAUGUACCUAUGGAAAUUCACAUACCCACUGGGGUGAAACUGCCUAUCUCCUGGUUUACAUGAGAAAGAAUUCUAAGUAG